AUGGAUACCAGGAAAAGCACCGAGCUGAUCACCAGCGGCAGUAAGACGCCGACAUCAACAGAAUCUUCAGCUUCAGGAGGACCAAAUCCAAACGAUCCAACGAAAGCUGUAAAAGUUGAUUUGAAGAGCAAUGAAGCAGAUGUUGAGAAGAAACAUAUGGUGGACGACGACGACAACAACCCUCAGAGAUCCAAAAAGCGUGGUAUGAAACCUAGGAGCAAGCGUAAUAGAAAACGACCUCGUUCGGAAGUCCAUUCUUUGGGAGAAGAUGUGCAACACACUACCCGAGUUCAUCAGCUAACUAUUGAUGGGAAACCCGUCCAAGAUUCAGCUGUCCAAUGGUUGCGAACCGUCGAACCCUAUCCUUAUACUUUUUCGACUUUUGCCAAGGCUCGUUGGGUAGGACGAACUGUCUUGGAUGUCUAUGCCACAGAAUUUGGAUCCUACCCCAAGAGUUACUACGAGAGUGCCAUUCAACAAGGUCGGAUAUUGGUAUCCGACAAGAAAGUGGAUACUUCCUUUGUAAUCAAGGGAGGUGACGUACUCACUCAUACUGUGCAUCGGCACGAGCCAGCCGUGGCAGUUUACUCUAAUGAAGCACCCCAUGUAACGAUUGUCCAAGACACUCCCGAAAUCUUGGUCGUUGACAAGCCUGGUACGCUUCCGAUUCAUCCCUGUGGUGGCUACCACGUGCAAUCGCUCAUGAAUUUACUGGAAUCCCAAUUUGGCAAAUUGUACACCAUUCACCGAUUGGAUCGAUUGACAAGUGGCCUGGUCAUUUUGGGAAAGACUUCACCGAUUGCCCAAGAAUGGGGCAAAGCCAUCAUGAACCGCAAAUGCCAAAAGGUGUAUUUGGCAAGAGUGAAGGGAAAGUUUCCAUUAAAUUGUCCCCCUGAUUGGAAGCUUGCUGAAAAUAUUAGGAAACCACCAGUCAACGGGGAAUGGAAGGAAGAAGGAGAUGGCGAGGAAGCAUCUCAACACGGGGAGGGAGCAGGCAGCACGAAGAACAAGAAAAACAAGAGCAAUCUCAGCAAUGAAGAAAUUGCAGUACUGGCAAAUGAGGCACGAAAACAGAACGCUCAUUUAUGGUGGGUUGCCAAUGAAGAUGGAACGGUUGCCAAUAAUGUCACAUUACAAAAUAUCUUUGACAAUCAAAGGAGCGAUAAGGACUGGUUAAAGCCUUUGAAGGAUACCGAGAGCCGUCGCUUUUGGUUCCAUUUGGCUUGCCCAACGCGCAUUGCCAAACCCAAGGAUGGAGUCUGCGAAGCUGGUCCCUUUGACGAAUUGGAGAAUGCCUUGUAUCACAAAACGGUGAAACCAGCAGCGACUUCGUUUGGAGUGAUUCGCUAUGACGAAGCCACUGAUUCAACAGUGAUCAUCUGUCGUCCAGCCACUGGCAGGACGCAUCAAAUUCGGCUACACUUGCAACAUGUGGGGCAUCCCAUUGCCAACGAUCCUAAUUACGGCGGUGACAUGUGGUAUGCUAAUGAAGGGGGCAAGGAAGCCUGUCGAGAAGCGCAAGCAAGAUUGGAUGACAUUCAACAAGAGCAGCAACAAGCAACACAGGAUCCAGACAUGUCAUUAGAUGAAAUGACAAAAGAAGAUGCCCGUGCACAGCAAACCAUUGACAAACCAGCAACCGAAGAAGAGAUCCAAAAGGGUAUUUGCCAAGCAAUCCAGACCGAGGCUGAGUCCAUUCACGACUUUAUCAAACGAACUUGUGUCUGGUGCGCUCGAUCAGGUAUGGGAGGAACGGAUCGAGCAACUCUUGAGUUUCUGAUUCGAAGCAGUGGAAUCUGGCUCCAUGCGUUUCAAUACACCUUAUUUGGUGGAGAGAUGGAAGAAGAGAACAAGAGCUUUACUGCUCCGUCACCAUCCUGGGCAUGA